ACUCUAUGCUCUUUUAACCAACCGCUCCCUUCGAUCUGGCUACACGUCCCUUCCAUCCACCCGUCACUCCCCCGCGUACAUAGGCAUGCCCCCUCAGCACCCCCUGCAGCAGUUGGGCGUCCCUCAAGCCUUGCAUCCCCGGCUUCACGAGCAGGGCGGCUUUACUAGGCACGAUCCUUCCCCUCUCCAGCACCGCGUACUUUCUCUCCCAGCUUCUCCGAGCCGAAGCAUGCGGGAAAUUUUACCACAAUCGACGGUUGUCCGGCUCGUAAACCUUCGGUCAACGCCGAAGGACCUGUUGUGGAAGCUCUUUACACACGGCUGUUCGCAGAUCGCGUUGCCUCCACCUACCCCUGUCCAAGCUCCUCCGGAGACGAGUAUCGCUAGCGCCGGCAAUAUCUGGGCUGUCUUUCCCUCGCCCUCAGAAGCGCGAGCUGCGUUGGGCUUGUCCUGCGAUCUAUUCACCGUAGUCCCCGCCCUCGAAACGGAACUCGCAUUCCUGCCGGCGACAAGGAGAAUCGCCUCAGAGCCACUUUCGCCUCAACUCCGGCUCAACACCCAGCGCGCGUCGACGCAGCCACACAUGAUCCCUGAGAGCCAUUUCAUUGGUAUCCACCGUCCACCUCAACUUCGCUCCGCCGGCGCAGCUGCCCAGACCGACUCUGCUGGUGGUGGUGCUCCGACCUACACCAUUUCGAGCAAUCCGCCGAAUCCCAAGACUAGUUUCCGAUUGGGCGAUUGGAUAUGCUCCGCCUCGAACUGCAGCGCCCACAAUUUUCAAAGAAACACCGUAUGCAUAGCUUGCGCCCGUCCGCGCACUGGCGGCGCGUCUGAACUUUCGGUAGACACGGCGCUGUCUCCACCAUUGCCGCUCGCGGCCCCUUCGCCGCGCUUUGCGGGAAUGUAUAAUACUGCGCAAGGUGUCUCUCCGGUGUCCCCAUCGGCACCUACAGGCCCUGUGACCCCGGGCUAUCCUGCUCAACUUGCGUCGAACGCUCUGGCCAUGAACGUGUCACACAAGCCGCCACCCCCACAGUAUCCUCCGCUCACUCCAUCUGGACGUGCUCUCAGCGUCGGCGGCAGAGUGCGCAACAUCUCGCGGGACCCACUUUCCCCCUGCGUCAUGUAUUGGCCGGAUAACGAACCGCUUCCAGAGCCCUGCCAAAUCCGCCCGAUUGAAACCGCCCUGAUGACGUAUCCCCCCAUCAUCAAUACCGGUAACAAGGGCGCCGCGGAGAAGCAGCCAGGCGAUUGGGUUUGUGGGAAGUGCAACUAUCAUAACUGGCGUCGUCGAAAGGUUUGCCAGACGUGUUAUCCCUACGCUGAGGGCAACGGAGACUCUAUAUCCGCGGCUGUCCAGGCCGAACGUAUCGCGCUCCUCGCAAACGUCCUCACUACCCAGUUCAAUGCUCUUGACUUGAACGGUGUUCCCGCACAGCCUGAGCGGCCUCAGGGAGACUUGGCCAGUGUCCCCCCUCAGCAGCUCCGUUUCCCCAACGGAAGGAGCCGUAGCAUGGGAAACAGCCGUCACGGGUCGCCUCUUCUUCCGCCAAUCGCGUUCUCGGACCAGGACAAAGGUCUCUUGCCUAUCUAUCAGACGUCGGGUGGCCACCCUGAGCGCGUGCCGCGUGAGCUGCAGCCCUACGGCGGCGGUCUCAUGUCUGAUUCACGCGACUCCCACAACCUCCUACCAUCCUUCCUGCAGGACAUCAUACACUCGCCCUCGCAAUCCUCGUCGCCGACGUCGUCUUCUUCGGCUGACCUCUCCUACGACGGUUCCUCGGAGGAUGCGCAUUACAUCCUCACUCCAGGGACCUCCAGCCGUUCGGUCAUGUCGGCCGCGUCCAACCGGCAGGGCCAGUACAACCCUGGUCCGCGGAAGAGCAGCUCGUCGUCAUACAGCUCCCUUGGACGGAGUAGUGGCAGCUCCAUCUGGAAGCUCGACGGCGAAGAAAGCAAGACCUACUCGACGUCGUCCUCGACACGUACUUCUCCGACCACCCAUCACGCCCAAGCGGCGUCUGUGCGAAGUGACGUCAACUCCAACGACCACGCCGCCGCUGCCUCCUUCGCCGACGUCGAAAGCGGUGUCACGCCAAAAGGUACCAGCGGCUUCUGGCAAGCCGCAUCCCGGUACGCGUAAAUGCACUAUCCUAUCUAAUCUGGACUAUGUAGUAGCAAGGAAGGAAAAAUCGCCGCACGCCGUGUACCCAUUAUUGCCUCCCUCUAUCGUCGCUUUGUGACGCAUAGACGCUCCUGUAUCUACUAUCUUGCUCUAUCUGUCCCCGUGAUCUACGGACACACUCUCCUUUCCUUUUCUUCUGGUAUUGGUGUACUUGCAUUCUCCCCUUUGUGUCCUGACAUGCACCGCGUGUCAGUCAGGCUUAGCGCAGGCUUCGUUUCCAGAGGGUGUCGUGCGCGAAGGUGUUGUAGUCAUGAGAAACGGAACUCUUCUGUAGACAGAUAGAAUAUACGCGUAUAAGUACGACAUAUCUAGUGUACAACAUCCGUCAGCGGAUGAGGAAUGGAAU